AUGGCUGGCGGUCUGUUUGCCAUUGACCGAGACUUCUUUGAACAACUCGGCUGGUACGAUCCGGGUUAUGAAGUCUGGGGAGCCGAAAACCUGGAGCUUUCAUUCAAAGUACGUGCCUUUUAG